AUUUGUAUAUAUUGGUUGAAGUUCACCGGACCGGGGAGUUGAAUAGUUUUUGACAUGUUUAUUUUUGUAUAAAAUUUAUUAAAGAUGAGUUCUUGUAAAAUUCCUGCUCAAGCUGUGGAUGUCACUGGAGAUGGACGGUGGAUAAGUAUGCAUAACCGUUAUGUGAACGAAGCGAAAACCUGUGAACCUGAUGUAAUCUUUAUCGGAGAUUCAAUAAUUCAACAGUUACAAUUUAGUGAUUUGUGGGAUAAAAUCAGUUCAUUACAUUGUUUAAAUUUUGGAAUUGGAGGUGAUCGUGUUGAGAAUGUUUUAUGGCGUUUGCAAAAUGGUGAAUUAGAAUGUAGUUCUACGGUUAAAAUUAUUGUAUUAUUUGUGGGAACGAAUAAUUAUAAUAGUAAAGCGGAGGAAAUUGUUGAAGGAAUUGAAGAAUGUAUUCAAGUUAUACGUAAAAAAUUAGGACACUGUCAUAUUGUUAUUCCUACACUCUUACCUAGAGGACAAACUCCAAAUAAAUUACGAGACUUAAACAAUGAAGUGAACACAUUACUUUUAAAAAAGUUUAGAACACCAAUAGAUAGUAAACCAGAAUUGGAACAAAAUAUACAUAUUGUGGAAAUCCAUAAUAAUAUUAUCCAAUCAGAUGGAACAAUUUCACAUUACUUAUUACACGACUACUUACAUUUAACAAAUGCGGGUUACACAAAAAUAUUUACACCAGUUUAUGAGAAAUUGUGUGAAUUGCUCAAUAAAGUUAUUUAGGAAAUUAAAGAAAUGUUUUUAAAAUGGCCUAGAACGUUUUGUUUCUGUUUCCUGCUCAAUGAU